AUGUCUGGCACCAAACUGCAGGCUUUGGCCAGUCUAUUCAUGAUCCGAAAGACGUCUCUGGAGGUGCAGACUGGGCACGGGCGCUACGCACCAUUUCUCGGCCGAUGUCUGCAGCGUCAUGCAGUUUCGAGCCCCCGUGAUUGGCUGCUUUCGUCCGAAGCCGUGGUCUGGACCCCCAUUGCACUGCAUAUCACCUCAACCUCCUUCCAUGCAUGGCCAAAGCGUGGAGUAUCUAGGCGUUCCGGAGAAGCCACGAAGUACCAGCCACGCGGGUUCCAACUAAUCUUUUGCAAUGUAAUGAGUGUGAACAGCACCACUACUGCUUCAUGCCCAUAUAUGAAGACAUACCUCUAUCCAUUGAUGCUGGCAAAUGCAUACAGGGAACGUUGCUGGGUCAUUGCUCCCCUGAACUUCCCUGAUAUGGCAAUGUUUCGACCUCGCGAUGGAUAG